UCAAAAACCUUAAUCCAAUAAAUUUAAAAGAUUCAAUAAACCAUAAAUACAUAAAUAAUUGCAUAAUAGUAAACAUAUACCGAUUAAAAAUGUCAUUUAACAUUUUACUCAAAACAUCAGAAAGAGGUAUUUUUCUAAAAGAGCUUGUCCGGAAUGCCAGUAAAAAAACCGGAGGUAGUACGCAGAAUACUAAUUGUAAAGUAAAACCAAAGCACAGAGGGUGGAAAGUACAAGAUGGGCAUUUUGUUCAAGCGGGACAUAUGUUAGCUACGCAAAGAACCACUCGGUUUCAUCCAGGAUUGAAUGUUGGUUUUGGUGUUAAUGGUACUUUGUUUGCAAUGGAGGCUGGAAAAGUAGUUGUCACAUGUGAAAAGUUUGAUCCAAACUGGGAUCACACUUGGGUCCAGAGGAUGUACAAAGGGCGCUAUGACCAGACCAUCUAUAAAAAAUAUUACAAUGUUAUACCAGAGCCCCAACAUCAGAGAUUUAAACUUAUUGAUGAAGUGUAAAUAGUUCUGAAUAAAGAUAGACUUGUUAUUAAGAGUUAUAGUUUGUUGGUAGUUUUUAUAGGAAAAUGUGUCAUAGUACAAUGGUUAAGUCGCAAUUUAUGUCUGGAGCUAUUGAGUAAAAGUAGUAGUAGUAGGACUAAAAAGUAAA